AUGCGCCAGCGAGUUGCCUACGGAGCCCUGGACUUUGCCAAGACUCCUGUGCAGCUGCUGAUCAGCGUGCACCUCCUCACUUUCUACCAGCAGGCCGGGGCCUCCUUGGGAGCGAUCGCCUUCUUCACCUCGACCGCCCGCUGCUUCGACGUUUUGUCGGAUCCGCUGAUGGCACAGAUCUCGGAUGGCUUUUCCUCAAGGUUCGGCCGCCGAAGGCCGUUCGUUUUCGCCGGCUGCCUUCUUUAUGGCGGAUGCCUCCUGGCACUCUGCACACCUCCGGAGUCGCUUUCGGGGGCCAGCACCGGCGUUUGGUUCGGGUGCUUCUACAUCCUCUUUUUCCUGACAGAUACGCUUAUGUCAAUCCCUCACAAUGCGCUCGGGCAGGAGAUCACUUCAGACACCGAUCAGAGGCGCCUGGUUUUCAUGGUGGCCAAGAUUUUCCAGGCUCUUGGCAUGAUCGCGGCGGCGGCUUUACCAGUGCUCUUGGGAACUCUCAGCGCAGACUGCAAGCUGCCCGCCGAGUGUCAUGGGACCGCUGCAGAGGAUCACUGUGCAGCGCUGGAGCGGAGGUGCGAUGGUAUUCAGAGCCGACAGGCGAUGCUGGCAACAGGCCUCAUCUUCGGCGGUGUUGCCGUUGCUUCAGGUUUCGCCUGUGUCGCGGUGAUCCGUGAGCGCAAGCCGGUUCGUGAGGGUGAGGAUGGACUCUUGCAGCACCGGAGCCCAGGCAACGAUCAGCCAACGAAGUUGGACGAGAUCUUGCCCGGAUUCCUGGCAAUGCUGCAAAAUCGCCCUUUCCGGGCCAUGAUCGCUCCUUGGAUACUGGAUCAGACAAUCGUCGCCAUGCUUUCAUCGAGCCGAUUUGCAGUCGUGAGUCAACGCGUCCUGGUCCGCUGUCAUGCCCAUCGGUGCGCUCACGUGGUGUAUUUGAUCUGGUUCAACAGCUUUCGGUCUUGUGUCUUGUUUCACAUCGUGAGAUACUUGGCUUCCUGCGAGCAGCUGGGCAUUGGCCUCGUCUGCAUGCUCCUGGCUGCCAUCUUUUCCAUGCCUCUGUGGCAGCGUGCGGCGAUGGGCUUCGGAGACUACCAGACCUGGUUGGCCUUCAACUUCUUGAAUGCCAUCACUACGAUUCUGUUCAUCGUUGGCCAGACCUCAACACUUGCCAUCGUGUUAACCAUCUGCUUCGCCAUCCUCAAUGGUGCACCCAUAGGCGCCAGCUUCUUGACAGAUAACAUCCUGGGACUCGUGAUCGACUAUGACGAGCUUCGGACAGGGGAGCGGAAUGAAGCUACGUUUACGAUGUUCGCGAGCUUCAUUCCCAAGGUUGUCAGCGUGCCGGCUUCCGCCUUUCCGUUGACCAUUCUGGCAGUGCUUGGUUUCCGAGAUCCGGUAAACGGAGAGCUGCAGGAGCAACCGGAGCAGGUGCGCUGGGGCGUGAGGCUCAUGUUCUCGGUCGUGCCGACAUUGCUUGCGCUGACAAGCUUCGCGCUGAAAGGAUGGCUCUUUCCCUUCAAAGACUUGGCUCGGGCGGAUGCGGAGAUUAAGGCCGGGCUCGCGCUUCGCAAGCUCGGAGAGCCCUACCGGGAUCCACUGGAUGCCAGCUACAGGCAUCCGGACAAACUCUCCGAUCAGAACCCGGCGCAGGCCGACCACCUUCGCGUUGAGACACUGCUGUCCCACUUCUCGGGCUUGGAGGUGUCAGGCUCUCAGUUUGCCGCCGGACGGGUCUACUUGUCCUACUUUCGCCCCUUGGCUGGCCGCGUCGCAGAUGUGUGUGAGGCAAUCGAUAUCCGGAAUAUGCUGAGUUGGCUGCCUUCCAUCCUGGUGCUGCUGACUGGCCUAGGCAUCCUGGCAUCCUUGGUUGCGGGUCUCCGGCUGCGUGCGGCCCUGGCACUUCGGAAGCUCCUGCCGGACCUGCCAAGUGGCUAUCUCGAGGCAGCGUCAACUCGCAGGACCGCAAUGUUGCAGGCCAGGAACAUUUGUAUCUGUUUCCCCCUCCUGUCCUUAUCCAACCCAAUGUCAGUGAUCUGCGAUUGCCAGGCGCUGUGCGAUUUCGAUUUCGGUUUUCUGUUGUGCGAAGGACGAGGAUGCCGAGGAUCGUAG